AUAAAAUUCCACUUUAAGUGAGCCCUCUUUCAUUUCAUGUAAUCGGAAGAAACCCUAGUUCUUUCCGUCUCUCUGCAAAUCCUGGCUUUGUUUGGUUGUUCGAUCCUUCAGAGAAAAUCCAGAAAUCCCAUACAUAGUGGUUUGAUUCGUCCACAUACAAAUAUUAGGAAGUAGUGAUAUUAAUUUAGAUAAAUAUGUAUAGAGAUCGAGUGGGAGGGGGAUCAUCGAAGGGAGGUGAGAUGCUGGAUCGGAAGCGAAUCAACGAUGCGUUGGACAAGCACUUGGAGAAGUCUUCACCUUCCACCUCCAGGAACAAGCCCUCGGCAGUCGCUGUACCCUCCGCCGCUGGGAAACAUCUCGAUCAGCGUGACACUCGCUCCUCGUCCACCCUUGCCAUCAACAAGAACAAGUUAUCUAACAAUGAAUCUGAAACAGAUAGUGAAGAAUCUGAUGUUAGUGGUUCAGACGGGGAUGAUACAUCCUGGAUUUCAUGGUUUUGCAACUUGCGGGGAAAUGAGUUAUUUUGCGAAGUUGACGAUGAAUAUAUUCAAGAUGAUUUCAACCUCUGUGGGUUGAGCAGUCAAGUUCCAUAUUUUGAUUAUGCACUUGACCUUAUUCUGGAUGUUGAAUCCUCCCAUGGCGACAUGUUUACCGAGGAACAGAAUGAACUGAUUGAAUCAGCUGCAGAGAUGCUGUAUGGCCUUAUUCACGUUCGAUAUAUUUUGACGAGCAAGGGAAUGGCUGCAAUGUUAGAGAAAUAUAAAAAUUACGAUUUUGGAAGAUGCCCAAGGGUAUACUGCUCUGGACAGCCUUGCCUUCCAGUUGGACAAUCAGACAUUCCACGUUCAAGUACUGUGAAGUUGUUCUGUCCCAAGUGCGAAGAUAUUUACUACCCUCGAUCCAAGUACCAAGGCAAUAUUGAUGGAGCUUAUUUCGGAACCACAUUCCCUCAUCUCUUCUUGAUGACUUACGGACACCUCAAGCAACAAAAACCGACACAGAGCUAUGUCCCACGAGUAUUUGGCUUCAAGAUUCACAAGCCUUGAUGAAGUUUCCAAUCGCACCAUGUCCUCUCAAUUUUUCUGCCUGUAACUGGUUCUCCUUAGGCUUUCACGAUGUUGUAACUAGCCAGGAAAAGAACGACAGCUAUUCAUUUGUCGAAAUUGAUGAAAAGGUGAUUCUGGUUUGUCUUUCAGGCAAAUUUGUCGUUAAAAAUUUCUCUGAAAUCAACAGAGCAUAUGUAAGUUUUGUUACUGUUUGAAAUGUUACUCUAUUUCGCGUGUGCAUAAUUAUUGGCCAGCAUUAUAUAUGAAUAUUAAGAUUCUAUCAUUUAAAAUA